AUGAUAUGGAAGAAAUAUGUGUACAGUUACAAUGAUUCACUUCUAAAAUGUUCUCCCGCUCUUUCUGUUCUUUCAGUUUUAAAUAACACUGCAAAUCCAGUUCUCAUAAAACUUCAUCAUCUUCAAUUUUAUGCCCAUUAUUCUUCCUCGCAUUCAGUUCCACUAUCCCAAAUCAACGUUGAAGUAAUUCAUGCCAAUAAAAUCAAAGAUGGUUCGGUCCAAAACUCCUCUAGCAGUAACUAUUUAUUGAAUCUUUACACAAAAAGUUACCAUUUAGCCUCUGCACAGAAACUGUUUGAUGAAAUUCCUCAAAGGGAUGUUCGAACGUGGACGAUACUCAUUUCGGGUUCUGCUCAAUAUGGGUGUUACAGAAAUGCAUUAUGGUUGUUUAUUAAGAUGCAAAAAGAGGGCAGUGUUAUUCCCAAUGAGUUCACUUUAUCUAGUGUCUUGAAGUGUUGUUCUAGUGUUAGUAACGGGCUUAGAUUGGGCAAGUCUAUACAUGGGUGGAUGCUUACUGCUGCAGUGUAUUUGGAUGUUGCUUUGGAGAAUGCUGUACUUGAUCUUUAUGUCAAAUGUGAGGCUUUGGAUUAUGCGAAACGGUUCUUUGAAUUGAUGGAUGAUAAAAAUGCGGUAUCUUGGAAUAUAAUGCUGGCAGGAUAUUUGAGUAUAGGAGAUAUGGAGAAGAGUGUAAAGCUUUUUAAAAAGAUGCCUGAAAAGGAUGUUUCGAGUUGGAAUACAAUCAUUGAUGGGCUUAUGCGACGUGGGUAUGAAAAGGAUGCCCUUGAGCUCCUACACCAAAUGACCUCAUGUGGGCCUUCAUUUAAUGAAGUUACGUUUUCUAUAUCAUUUGCAUUGAUGUCUUCGCUUAGAAAUCCCGAAUUAGGGAGGCAACUCCACGGUAAAGUGUGGAGGUUGUCGAUAUAUGAAGACGCGCUUUUAAGGGCCUCACUAAUUGAUAUGUAUUGCAAAUGUGGUCAAAUGGAGAAGGCUUCUAGGAUAUUCCAGGAGUUACGCCAAGUUGUUGCCGAAGUACAACAUUCACAUUCUGUUCCAUGGAGUACAAUUGUUUCAGGUUAUAUUCACAAUGGAAUGCUGAAAGAUGCUUUGGAAAUUUUUAGCUCAAUGGUGCGUGAUCAAUUGGAAGUUGAUGUGUUUACACUAUCAAGCAUUCUUAGUGCUUGUGCAAUUAGUGAGCUUUUGGAACUUGGGCAGCAGAUUCACGGCUAUGUCCAAAAACUUGGACACAUAUGGGACAUAUUUUUGAUUUCAGCAAUUAUUGACAUGUAUGCCAAAUGCGGAAAGUUAAAUUCUGCUUGGUUGUCUUUUGAGCAAACCCAAUCUCGGAAUAUCGUGGUGUGGACGACUAUGAUAAACAGUUAUGCAAUACAUGGAAAAGGAGCAGAGGCUGUUCAGCUUUUUGAGCUUAUGUUGAAUCAGAGGAUUGCACCAAAUGAAGUAAGUUUUGUUAGCGUCUUAACUGCAUGUAGUCAUGCAGGUUUGGUGAAAGACGGGUGCAAGUAUUUUAGGUUGAUGAAACAAGUUUAUGGCAUCAAGCCUUCUGUCGAACAUUUCACUUGUAUGGUUGAUCUUUUUGGCCGAGCAGGCUGUUUAGAGGAGGCUUAUGAUUUCAUUCAUGAGAAUAGAAUCUCUAACAUGACCCAAGUUUGGAAGGUACUCUUAUCUUCUUGCUUGGUUCACAAAAACGUAAAGAUGGCAAGGCGUGCUUCUGAGAAAUUGCUACAACUUCAGCCAAGUGAAGACAGUCCUUACAUUCUGUUGUCAAAUACUUGUUCAGACUAUGACAAUUGGGAUGAAGCAUCGAAAAUAAGGGUCUUGAUGAAGGAAAGGAAAGUUAUGAAACUCCCAGGUCAAUCAUGGACUUAG